AUGGAGCUGGCUCAGGGGCCAGUGACCUUCGAGGCGGUGGCUGUGUAUUUCACCAGGGAAGAGUGGGCUCUGCUGGACCCCACUCAGAGAGCCCUCUACAGGGAUGUCAUGCAGGAGAACUAUGAGACGGUGGUCUUUCUGGGGUUUCCAGUUUCCAAACCUGAUGUGAUCUCGCAGCUGGAACGAGGGGAAGAGCCGUGGGUCCUGCACUUUCACGGCUCUGAGAAAGAAGUGCUCCCGAGAGCUGCCUGCACAGGUGUUGGGAUGGUGAGUGAGAACAAGGAGAAACCCCAGCAGGAAGAUGCUGAGCAAGUAGAAUCCCGUGGGAUGUUAUCAGGAAGAUCCAAAGGGAAUGAUUCCAGGAGUUGUGCACUCCCACAAAAAGCAAAAACCUGUGAGAGUCAGCACAGGUCAGAGGGAAACUUCAGUAGCCAUUCAGACCUUAUUACACGUGAGAGAAUCAACUUGAAAAAGACACGCUACACAUGCCAUGAGUGUGGGAAAAGCUUCAAUGGGAGCUAUGACUUUCUCACACAUCAGAGAAUCCACACAGGAGAGAGGCCCUACACAUGCUCUGAGUGCGGGAAAAGCUUCAAUCGGAGCUCCCACCUUAUCUCACAUCGUAGAAUCCACACAGGAGAGAGACCCUACACGUGUUCUGAGUGUGGGAAAAGCUUCAAUCAGAGCUCUGCCCUUAUUACACAUAAGAGAAUCCACACGGGUGAGAAACCAUAUGGAUGCUCUGAAUGUGGGAAAUGCUUCAAUCGGAGCUCACACCUUAUCAUGCAUAGGAGAAUCCACACGGGUGAGAAACCUUAUGGAUGCUCUGUGUGUGGGAAAUGCUUCAUUGGUAGGUCAGUCCUCAUCUCACAUCAGCGAAUCCACACGGGAGAGACUCCCUACACAUGCUCUGAGUGUGGGAAACGCUUCAAUCGGAGCGCUAACCUUAUCACACAUCAGAGAAUCCACACGGGAGAGACGCCCUACACUUGCUCUGACUGUGGGAAAAGCUUUAAUCAGAGCUCUGCCCUGAUCACACAUCAGAGAAUCCACACUGAUGAGAAACCUUAUGGAUGCUCUGAGUGUGGGAAACGCUUCAAACACAGCUCUACCCUGAGCAGACAUCAGCGAAUCCACACAGGAGAGACCCCCUACACAUGCCCUGAGUGUGGAAAAUGCUUCAAUCAGAGAUCACACCUUAUUAAACACCAGAAAAUCCACAUGAGAGAGAACUGGAACAAAUGCCUUGUCUAGGGCUGGCCAAAGAUUUUUUUUUUUUAAAUCACAUUUGCUAAUUCCCACAUAGUGAUCUUUGCACCAUCUUCACUGUGGUCUCUGAGCUCCCCCAGAUCAGUUGCCUGCUUCUGCCUUUUGCUGCUUACCUUCUUUGGGGUCAGUCCUGUGAU